AUGGCCAGUAAAGCCGAGGCAUGGAUUCUGAUGUCCCUUGCUCUGCUCACGAUUUUAGUGCGUAUCGGAGUGCGAUGGAAGCUUGUGGGGCCGGCCAAUUUCCAACUUGACGAUUAUCUCAUGCCAGCGGCGGGAAUUGUCUUCAUAUUUGAAACAAUAGCGGCGUACCUUGUCAGUUCCAGAUUUCAUGACCUGACUAAUGCCUACAUGACGCCUGAGCAGCGAGCAGCGGUCGACCCGCAUUCGACUGAGUGGUCCUAUCGUGUUUCCGGAUCCAAGCUCCAGAUCAUUGGAUGGUCACUAUACGUGGAUAUUCUCUGGCUAGUCAAAAUUAGCUUAGCAGUCUUCUACUCUCGAUUGACGACUGGCCUCCAAAACCUCCCCGCGCGAGUUCGGUUGUCAUACGUCAUUUUGGGUGUGACAUACGUCGUAACAACAUUGGUCCUCUUGCUCUCAUGCCAACCCUUCCAUGCCUUUUGGCAGAUUAACCCAGACCCCGGCAAUCACUGUCAGCCAUCCAACUCACGGGUUUAUGUUCUCGUUGUCGUGGUGUGCAACGUUCUCACAGACGCCUACCUUCUCUCAAUCCCUCUUCCCCUUCUCUGGACUGUUAACCUCAACCUGAAACGAAAGCUCCCCCUUAUGUUUCUCUUCUCCGGUGCCGUAUUUGUUAUGAUGGCAGGUGUCAUUCGGUCUGCUACAAUUAUGAAGUCUAACCCCGAUGGGGCUGAAUCCGGCUCGAGAUGGGCUUGCCGUGAGACUUUUGUCUCAAUAGUUGUUUCCAACUUACCGAUCAUUCAACCUCUUAUCCGCAAGAUCUUCAAGAAGAUUGGUCUCUCAACUGUUUUCAGUUCCUCGGAGAAGACAACAGGAAACCCAUACCAGCUCUCCAGCCGAGGCAUGAAGACCUUGACAAAUCGCGGCGAAGGCGACAACAAGAGAAGCAAGACGAACGCUGCUGCGCCGACGCAUAUGCAAGCUUCCGCAUGGGGUAGCGAUGAGCACAUUCUCGGUCAUUCUGAGCCGUCCUCCAACAAUAUUACUGUUAUCUCGGAGACUAUCGUGCGCAGUGAGCCAUGGAUAAUCGAGGAUGGUUCCGGUACGAUUGAUUCAACGACACCCCCAAAGGAUUGGAGGAGUCCGUUGUCUCAUCAAUGA